GGAAGGAGGUUAAUCCUUAGUCAGAUCGCAGAGCCAAGUUGCAGAAAAGAGAAUUGGGGUUGGCGGAUUGCAAUGGCCACGGUGAGUGACCAAUUCGUUGGGUAUGGCUUGGUGAUCUUCAGCUUGGUUCUCUUCGCCUAUUACACCGUCUGGAUCAUUAUCCUGCCCUUCACUGAGAGCGACCACCUCAUUCACAAGUACUUUCUACCCCGAGAAUAUUCAGUGAUCAUUCCUGUAGUGGCCGGACUGGUGUUGUUGCUAUUUAUUGGAACUUUUAUAACCAUCGUGAUGUGGAAGAAUCAGAAAUCGGACAAAAAGUCUGCCUGAAGAGAGAGAAAAGGGAGGAGGAAGAUGGGAGAUCCCUUGCAGGGUUCAGGUUGGGGGAAUGGCGCAGCAAUUUGCAAGAUAUUUUGGGAGCCAGGAUUGAUCCCAUUAUCCCCACCCCAUCCUGGCACGGACCGAGUUUCCAAACUGUGAACCAACCUGCAGAGAUCCCCACAUAUAUGCUACCGAAUACGAAAUCCCAGAGCGAGUGUUUCACCCAUUUUUAUUUUUUUUUAAGGGUCCAAACUUAGCCUGGAAAUUCGACUAGGACUGAUGUUUACCAGGCACUGGUUCUAGUUGUGUUUUUAUAGUUUUUUUAAAACAACAACAACAACACUGCUUUUCUCCUGCAUCAUCUCAUGUGGUUUUGUGGUGCUUUGACUCUCUGGAUUGCAUUGGUCUUCUUCGUGCAAGCGGCCGCUCGAACGUAUAACACACCCCUGAGGGAUGGUAGUAGAUCCUUCCAGAAUCGUCCUUCGGUUUUGCCAGCUUAGGGAGAAAACUAUUCUUGCCUCUUAAUUUGUUAUUCUUCAUUUUUUAAAAUUUAUGUCUCGAGCCAAGUGACCCGUCAAGAUGCUGUUAAGGUGGGUUAGUUGGAAACUUUGAAUGACCCCGUUCAAUGGCAUUUUACAAACAGGGUUUACUCCUUUCUCCGAGAACAGGGGUGUCAAAAACUCGGUUUCAUUGAGGGCCACAUCAGGGUUAUGUUUGACCUCCGGGGGGGGCAACAGGUGGGGUGUGACCAGCUCAACAUCAUUCAUGUUGGAGGCACCUGUGGUGGCCCACUCACUUUGCCAGUGAAAACAGGCUCCCGAGCUCCAUUUUGGACUGCAACGGCCUCCUGCAUCCCUCUGUCAGAGAAAACAGAGCUUGGCAGGGCCUCCAUUGAACUGGUUCAAUUCCGAAGUUUCCAACCUUCACUUUCAUUGCACUUUAAAUUAAAAAAAAAAAAGCAAAGUGAGGAGGAUUAAUACGUGUGCGUUUGCAUUAAUAAUUCAGAUAAGAUUCUGAAAUACAGACAUGCAUUCCGGGAUCACAAGACGGAUCCUCUGUUUAAAUGUUCCCCACUCCACC